GACUCUCCUUUUAAUAAUAAUUAUUUCCGGCGAUCCUCCGCCCUGCGGCACUGCCACUUCAUGGAGCAGAAGCCUGCCGGCAAGACUCAGCACAAUCCUCCGUGGCCGGAGCUACUGGGCUCCGACCACUGGUCCGGCCUACUCGACCCCCUCGACCUCUCCCUCCGCCGCCUCAUCCUCCAGUGCGGCGACAUGUGCCAGGUCACCUACGACUCGUUCAACGGCGACCCCCGCUCCAAGUACUGCGGUAGCUGCCGCUACGGCAAGCGCAGCCUCCUCUCCGACGUCUCCUUCCCCGGCGCCGACGACUAUGCGGUCUACGACUACCUCUACGCUACCUCUGAAAUCCCGCUCCCGGACGAUUUCCUCUGCUUCUCUCUCGCAGGCGACCACGCCUGGAGCAAGGACUCCAACUGGAUAGGCUACGUCGCGGUAUCGACUGCCACCGCCGGGAGGCGGGAGAUCUACGUGGUCUGGCGGGGGACGAUCCGGACGCUGGAGUGGGUCGACGUGCUCUUGCCGGAACCCGUCAACAUCGACUCCAUUCUCUCCUCUAAAGCAGAGGCGGCGGCGGCGGAUUGCAAGGUGAUGAAGGGGUGGUACGUGAUCUACACCUCGAGCAACCCGAAAUCUCAGUACACGAAGCAGAGCGCCAGGGACCAGCUCAUGUCCGCCAUUAAAGCUCUGGUAGAGCUCUACAAGGACGAGAGCCUCAGCAUAGUGUGCGUCGGUCAUAGCCUCGGCGCCGCCCUCGCCAUCCUGAGCGCCUUCGACAUCGUGGAGAACGGCCUGUCGGAGACCGGCCCCGGCAGGGAGACGUUCCCGGUGUGCGCGGUGGUGUUCGGGAGCCCGCAGGUCGGGCACAAAGCCUUCAACCAGCGGCUGGAGAAGCUGCCCAACCUGCGCGUCCUCCACGUGAAGAACAAGCUCGACGUGAUCCCGCGGUACCCGAGCGGGCUGCUAGGCUUCGCCGGCACCGGCAAGGUGCUGGAGGUGGACAGCCGGAAGUCGCCGUACCUGAAGGAGUCGACGAACCCCGGCGACUGGCACAACCUGCAGGGGAUCCUGCACGUGGUGGCCGGGUGGAACGGGGCCGACGGCGACUUCGAGCUGCAGGUGAAGCGGAGCGCGGCGCUGGUGAACAAGUCGUCGGAGUACCUUAAGGACGAGUACCUGGUGCCGGCGUCGUGGUGGGUGGAGAAGAACAAGGGGAUGGUGCUCGGCAGCGACGGCCAGUGGGCCCUCGCGCCGCCGCCGGACGACAGCGUUCCCGUGCCGCUCUCCGCGCAGCAGAAGGGGAAGCCGGCGGAGGCAGAGGGGGAGCAACAACCAAUUCCUGUACCGAAGAAGAGAACAAACAUGCGAUCGCCAUUCUCUGCCUGUUUCAGAGUGGCUCAUUAACUCAAUCAGCUUGAAUUCUAAGAUUAAUUGCUCCUAAAAAUGUCUGAAUCCAGUUUCAUAAUUCCAUUAGAAUCCAAGAACUAUUAAUCGAGAUUGAUUCAGCA